AUGUCUCUUUCCAGCGCUGCCCGCCGCCUCGUAGCCUGCCCGCCGCCGCCGGCACCCGCCCCCACCGCCCCCACCGACUUCGCCUCCACCAUGGUCUUGAUCUCUGCCCUCAUCUACGUCGCCGUAUACUUCGUCAUCGCAGUCGCCUUCUUCGUCAGGCACCACCACAACCACCACAACCACCGCAACCACCGCGAGGAGGAGCUUACCCCCGAGAAAGUGUCGGCCGCGAUGGCAGCAAUGCAGGUGCCUUUGGUUCUCUUCUCGGCGGCGACGACGAAGCUGGCCUGGUCGGCGAAGCGGUGCUCCAUCUGCCUGAUGGAGUUCGCGGAGGGAGACGCCCUGCGGGUGCUGCCGGCGUGCAGCCACGGUUUCCACGGGCAGUGCGUCGAGCGGUGGCUGGCGUCGAAGGGGUCGUGCCCCAACUGCCGCCGCCGCGUGCGCAACGGCGUGCGACGCGGCUGCCUGCCAGACGUAUCCCUGCUAGUUUAA